GCGCGAAGGAACAAAUAGCAAGGAGCCCGUCAAAGCUUUUGAAACACACCAGCGAGCGACUGCUGAACGGCUCUAGGCUGGGCUUGCCGCCCUCAGGAUGAAGUACUUGCUCGAGGCAAUCGACAACUAUAGUCGAUCGCACGGCAGGGGGGCUCGUUCUGCCUACGAGCUCAAGCAGCUCGUCGCCGAAGCCAGAGAUGGAGUCGAUGACAAGACGAGCUCUCAGGAAUUCUAUGAGACGCUCGAACGCAUCGUCAACGAGCUCAGAGCAUGGACUGAACAUUCCACGCCGUUCCUACAACGAGUCCGCAAGGCAGAGGCACCAGAUUAUUACAACGUCAUCAAGAAGCCCAUGGACCUCGGCACUAUACUCAAGAAGGUCAAGGGACAGCAGUACAAGGAUAAGCAAGCUUUCGCCGACGAUCUCAAUCUGAUAUGGAACAAUUGCCUGCUCUAUAACUCACUACCUACUCAUCCUCUCCGAAGAUCUGCUCAGCUACUGCGGCAAAAGUCGAACCAGUUGCUCGAGUUUAUAUCAGACAAUACGCCUGCCGCCAAUGCGCGACUUGUCGAUGAGGAUGCAGAGGGUGAAUCCGAAGAUGGCGACGAGGAUGAUACGAUUGCCACAAGGAAAGGUUUGGGCAGUCGGAAAGGUGCAGAUGGGCAGGCCGAGACUGGCGCAAAGACGCUCGAGACUGCUUCCGCUUCUACUGGUACGCCUGCAGAAGUGCGAGACGGCACUCCGAGCGUCAGUGGACAAGACAAUCUGCUACAUGCGAGGAACAGGCCGAGACAAUCUCUCAACAAGCGCAAGCUCGGCCGGGCAGAGUUGCCAUUUGAAGAGAAGCCUGCUGUCGUUCGAACCCCAGAAAGCAUGUCUCGCUUCCAGUCAUACUAUCUCGGUUCCAGUGCAGUCGAGACGUCUCAGGCUGCCUCGAGCACGGCCAUGCGCCCUACUGCGUCGACCUCCAGUGUCACGCUCGAUACUUACGCGGUCGACAUGAAGAACGAAGCGAUAGCGCGAGUGCAAAGCAUCACAGCCGGUCCAGAAGACGUCGAUCGCUUCUACUGGGAGCAGAUGGCGGCAGAUGCUUUCACGACAUCCAGUAUACCCGAGCUGCCAUUCGUCAACUCUAUUGCGCCAGAAGAGAUUUCACCGCGGAAGCAUCAGAAGACGCGGUCAGUAGAGCCAACGACAGGCUUAGAAGCUCAUCUCGAUCGUAACCUGAGCACACUCAAGCAUGUCAAAAAUCUACAUCGGCAGAUUGUCACGCAAUCCAUACACAGCUCGGUUGAUCAAGAGGGCCUCGAUGAUUCAAAAGACGACGACUUUAUGCAAAUAGACGAGCCUGCCUAUAUAAAUGACGUGCCGCGCUUGGACAUCUUAGAAAGCGCUCUCACGCCAGCGAUCGACAUCGCCGUGCUGCGGAAGAUUUGCGCCAAGAUGCUCAGUCAUGCAGGCUUUGAUGGUUGCGCUGCAAGCGCACUCGACAUGCUCAUGAGUGUCAUCAUUGAGUACAUGAACAAUGUCGGCCGGACGCUGCGUCUCUUCUGUGAUCGGUAUGGUCGUGCACUCUCGCCACUGUCAAUACUUGGCCAAGUUAUGCGCACGAACGGCAUCGCAUCGAGUGCAGCGCUUGAAGAGUAUAUUUCGGAAGAUCUGAUUAAGCAAGGCGGCCGAAUGCUCGAGCUCCAGAAGAAGCUCGAGCAAGCGCGCAACGAUAUGCUCAAUGAGCCCAGAGAGCAAUGCGUGGACGAUACAGACAUGCUUGCUGGAGACGGCGAAGCGAUCGCUAUGGGUCAAUACGCGGCAGAGCUCGGCGAAGACUUCUUCGGUCUCAAAGAGCUUGGACUCGACCAGGAGCUCGGCAUGUCUUCUUUCAAGAUCCCCAAGAGGCUGUUUACAGGCGAGAAGAAGCCAGUCAUUAUGAAGAAGGAAGAAGCAGAGCAUGUCAAUGGUGACGCGGAAGAGGACGAUGAACCCGUCCCAUUUGUGCCUCUGACAGCAGAUGCUAUCGAGCUUCAGAUUGGUCUGAUGCAGCCAGUCUACCGCGCCCGACUACGCACAGAGCUCAAACUUAUCGAUGAUGCUGCUUCUGACGUCAGGUUCAAGCCCAUGCGUCCCAAAGUACCUUCAACAGGUCGUAUACCGCAGAAGAGGCGCGAUCAAGCGUUCCCCACACCGGCCAAGACGGCAGCCAAACUUGCUGCACUCAACGGCGAUGCGUCUCUCAUCGAAGAGCUGAGCGAUUAGCGGCGUGCAGUGAUCAUGUACAGCCAUUGAU